AAUGGAUGAUCCUAGUCUUGGGUUGAUCUGCUUUGCUCUAUGACUGGUCUCCUGGCCCCUAUAAUAGGACUCUCCACCAUACUGCUGCCAUUUUGUCUACCCUUGGUGGUAAAUCUUUAAGGACUCAGAUUCUGAGACUCCAGAAGGAUGUCUUAUCAACAGCAGCAGUGCAAGCAACCCUGCCAGCCACCCCCAGUGUGCCCACCUCCAAAGUGCCCUGAACCAUGCCCACCCCCAAAGUGCCCUGAGCCAUGUCCACCUAGGCAGUGCCAGCAGAAAUGCCCUCCUGUGCAGCCUCCUCCACCCUGCCAGCAGAAGUGCCCACCCAAGAGCAAGUAACAGCUUCAAGAUUCAUUCAAGAUAAGGAAAAUUGGCUCAUCUAAUUCCAUAGCAACAUAAUCACCUUCAUCUUUUCUUCAAAACCUAUCGUGGAUAUAGAAGAACCUUCUCUACCUUUUCGCCUGUAAUCUGCCUGUGAUCAUUGCUGACAGUGAAAGGACUCCUUCCCUAGUCCGUCAUACUGUCACUGUCCCAACAGUAACUGAGAAUGACGGUCUCAGCUGUGCCAGCAUCCCUGACCU